AUGUCUUCCCACCCGAAGCCAUCGUUCGUCAUCGACGAACGCCUGAUUGUCGGCGGGAUUUAUGUCGUCACUAAUGUCGCAUUGUCGCUCAUGCAAGACGAGGCCGCCCCCGACCAAUGGCACUGGGCUCUCUACCACCACCUCCACGCCACCCAGGGAGGCUACAAAAUGCAUAUCACCGGGCGACCGGGGCGCUGGAUGUUCGAAGACGAGCGUACUAGCAGUAUCAUGAAGACCUCAGUCCUUAUCGGCGCCAUGCGCAUUGGCUAUUGCCCAGUUGGCGAGAACGACCGUAUUGUCGCCAUUGCCAGGAGCAUUCCGCCCACGGACGCGCCGGAGGGGUUCGACAAACUCACCUGUCGAACGUGGGCUCUCUCCAUUAUCCGCCUCUUCUGCAAGGCUGGCUAUGUCCAGUGCGCCAGCUUGACCAGGCUGGAGGAGGAGGUCAAGGCUUGGGCGGCCGAGCAUACUCAAACCGCCUUCGAGGGGCAUAGGCCUAGGCCCGUGCAGGAUUCGUCGACAUGCAUUCUUACCCCGCUUGGACAAGGUGCUUCCUAG